UCCGAGUUGACUCCACGCCCGGUGAACCCAGUGACGUAGUCCCUCUAGGUGCUCAGUUCAACAGGCCCCAGAACACCACUGAAGCGGCCCUUUGUUCGAGUCGGGUCCGGGCGCUGCCCACGUAGGAGUAGACAUGUCAGCCAUGGAAGAGCUGAACACUUUGCUGCUGUCGCUGUCUGCGCUGAAGCCCCCAGGAGCCAACAAGUCCAAAAUCUCAGCCAUCACCAACCUCUGCAUCGCCAACGUAAACCAAUCCCCCUCCAUAGUCCAGACGAUUCGCGACCGCUUCACCACCACUCCCUCUACUCAUAAGCUUGGCGUAUUGUAUGUCCUCGAUGCCGUCGUGCGCCAGUGGGUCGAGAAGGCUCGCCAGUCCAGGGAAGACCCGGCUGGCGAUGUCACAAAAAGCCCAAAUACCAUCGGAGUAGCUUUCGCGACCCAAGUACUUCCUACGCUCAUGCAUGACCUCAUUCAAACCGCGCCGGCCGAUCAAAAGGAGAGAAUUGUUAAGAUGAUCGACAUCUGGGAGCGCGGCAACACAUUUCCCCAGUACAUGCUUGCAGAGUUCAAGCAGCGUCUAGGAACAGCAGUCCUCCCGUCGACAAGCACCCCUGUUGGUAAUGCCACGGUAAAUGCUGCAACUUCUCUUGGUUCAACACCUCAAACACAAACACCAAUAGCAGCGCCUGCGAGCGCUUCAUCCGGCACUGCUUCAUUGCUGGCCAACCUUGCAAACAUAGGACAGGCGACUGUGCCAGCGCAAAACGCGCCUUACCAGAACGGCAUGCAGUACACUUCAACUACCCCACAGCAGCAACAGAAUGUAGGCCAGACUAUGACUGCUCCGACCAUGCCAUCGUAUGUACCCCAGGUCAACGGACAAGGUAAUGGCGUCGCUGGAUCGACUAUACCACCGUCUGCGCCCCCCGCAGCGAACGUUGCCCAACUCAACCAGAUCAUGCCUCAGGCUUUCCAGAGUAUGCCUGGUGGCACUGAAGCGUUCAUGCAGUUCUUAGGCGCUCUAAUGCAGCAACAAAUGCCUGCGGCACAGAUAGCUCAGAUUCUUGGGGCUAUGAGCGCAGCGCAACCCCAGCAGGCCGCUCCAGCAGUUGCACCAGUAGCCCCUCCGACUGGUCCUGCUGCUCUCAAUAAGCAAGCGCAGACUGGGUUCAAUGCCCAGGCCCAACAGCCCAUGGGGCAGAGUGCACAAGAGUAUAGAACUCGGGAGGACGAUGCUCGUGGACACGACCGAGACCGUGAUCGUAGUCGCUCCCCGGAUCGCAACCGUCGGCGUACUCCAGUGAACCGUCGUGAAAGUCCAACCUAUGGCACCUACGAACCCAACGCCGGUGGUGGUAUUGGUAAUGGCGGUGGGAACGCUUCUGGCAGCCAACCGCCCGAGCAAGGCACUGGUAGUUCACGCCGUGGGAGGAAAGGUAGGAAUCGACGUGACAAGCACCGUAAUUCACCCGCCGUGCAACAAGGUCAGGGUCAGGGUCAGGGCCAGGGCCAGGGCCAGGGCCUGGGCCAGAACCAGGGCCAGGGUCAAGGCCCCGGACAAGGUUCCGGUCAGCAGAACAACGGCCCGCAGAACAAGAAGGAAAAGUAUAUUCAGUUCGACCAGAGCCUCCCCAAGGGUGCCAUCAAAGUACUCAGCCGAACUUUGUUCGUUGGGGGUGUUUCGGGUACCGAAGGCGAACUAAGAAAGAUAUUCGGUCAGUUUGGUGAGGUCCAAACGUGCAUUGUCAACCGUGAUAAGCAUCACGCUUUCGUCAAAAUGGCCAACCGUGAAGACUCGGUCAAAGCCAAGCUCGGCAUGGAGAAGAUGAAGGACCCUCAGGUCCUGAACAAGGCGCGUCAGACUCGAUGGGGCGUCGGGUUCGGUCCUCGCGAAUGCAGCGACUACAGCACCGGCAUUAGCGUCAUCCCAAUUGAGUGUCUCACCGAUGCCGACCGCAAAUGGGUUAUCAACUCGGAGUACGGCGGCACUGGCGGACGGUCGUUGGAGACAGGUCUGGUCAUUGAAGAGCCAGACAUUGAGAUCGGUGCCGGUGUGUCAUCAAAAGCCAUCAGCCGUCGCAUGGGUCCCGAGCCAGGAUUCAAAAACCGUGGUCGCCGUGGUGGUGGCUACGAUCCUAGCGGACCUCGCAAUGUCCGUGGUCCCGACCCUCGCUCUCAGGAGCAUCGCCCUGAGCCUCAGAACAUUGGUGUCCCUCCGGCUGUCCCGGGAUUUGGCUUCCAGCUGCCUGGUAUGUGAGGACAUCUUGAUUGUUGCUCAACGAGAAUCUUGUAGUGGGCUGCAUAAUUGAUCUUGCAAAACCCAACACCGAGCUCAAGCAUAUUGAGCGGCACGGGAAUUCACCGCCGCUCUUAUUGUAACAGUAUAGAAUAUGGCGGUUUGCUCUUUUUUUUUUUUUUUUUUUUUUUUUUUUUUUUUUUUUUUCUUAUUGCUUUAAUCUGCAUAGCUUGCGGUGCUCAGCGUUUCAGUGGGUCAUACUGGGAGCAUACGGGCAGGGCGGAGAAGCGGUCAUUCCGGAAAACAAAAGCUGGCGCUCUGAGCGGGAGUGAUGGCUGAAAGUUGCAUCUGCAAUAGCGGUUCUCGCCUUGCUUGCUGAACGGUAGUCCGUUGGACACUCGGA